UGCAGGUACAAAUUAGAUUCCUUCUGGAGUAAAAUGUUGGAAGCAAUUUACAGUUUGCCAUUCUUAAUUUUUGAGGUUCCUCAUUUGAAACUGAGAAAACCAUCAUGGAUAGCCAUGCCUCAGCCUAUGACUGUAUUCAUUCUUGUUCUUGUGUCUUACUUUCUAGUGACUGGAGGCAUCAUCUAUGAUGUGAUAGUUGAGCCGCCCAGCGUUGGCUCCACCACUGAUGAACAUGGCCAUUCACGACCUGUGGCAUUCAUGGCAUAUCGUGUGAACGGCCAGUACAUCAUGGAAGGAUUGGCAUCUUCUUUCAUGUUUGGCAUUGGAGCUUUGGGUUUCAUCAUCCUGGACCACACACACAACCCUGCCACUAAGAAGUUCAACAGAGGUUUACUCAUAUUCAUGGGCUUCUUUUGCAUCAUUGUUAGCUCAUUUGCCUGCUAUGCCUUCAUGAAGAUCAAGCUACCGGGCUACAUGCAGGGUUAAUGCAUCGCAUCUUCAUCAGCCUGCUCAUCUGUCACAGCUGCACAAGACGGACUUUCAACCAUAACUGCUGCACGUUGUUGAUUUAUAGUUGCAUAUUAUUUCAUUAGCGUGUUCGAAUUGCUAAUGUAUGGGAUUCUGCUAGAACAGCAAGACAGGUUAUAGAUUCAUCAAAUUUUUCCUAAAAAAUGGUUCAAAAUCAAGUACCGUAGUUCUUAAAACUAUCUAAUUUUCAUGAUCUGUCCACAAAAAAUUUUUGAUGACGCUAUUUCAACUUAUCAUUUAAUUUAACUAAAUCCGAUUCCAAAAGAAAAGAAUUUUUAUAAAUAAAUUCCAUGUUGUUUUCAGUUAGAGAAAAAUCCAGCAUGAGAUCUGCUGAACAUUCCAUUAGAAGACACGAAUUGUUUUCGUUCACCAUUUAUUUAUCAUACUUGGAUUAAUAUUUCAAUCCAUACAAUUGCUAAUCUCUGGUUGACACAUGCCAGUUAGAAAGUUUCUGAUUGAAUUAGCUUUUUAGGUUAAAUUAAUAAAGCCUGAUUCCACAAUCCUUAGUGAUGUCUAUAGUAAGUGAACGCGUGUGCCCUGAUUGACGUUGGUGUCUUUACAUAAAGUUUUGUUAU